AUGAAUGUCAACACACAAUGCCCACUAACUCACUCUCAAUUGCUGAACGACAACCCAAUUGUAGAGCUAAGUCCCGCCACGUUUGGUGGUAGACGUUUUAAAUCGAUAUCACUCCAGGGCAAUCAUCUUAUAAGUAUAGAGAGCUACACACUGGGAGGCAUGCUGCUGACUGUUUGUUUCAGCCCAAAGUUUUGUCUCCCUAGUUGUUGCCUCCCCAGUUGAUCUCCCAUGUGUUGCCUCCCCUGUUGUUGUCUCCCCAGUUGUUGCUUCACCAUUUGCUAUCUUCCCCAGAUGUUGUCUUCCUUGUUGUUGCUGCCUCCUCAGUUGUUGCCUCCCCAGUUGAUGCCUCCCAUGUGUUGCCUCCCCUGUUGUUGUCUCCCCAGUUGUUGCUUCACCAGUUGCUAUCUUCCCCAGUGUUGUCUUCCUUGUUUUAAGCUCCCAUGUUGUUGCCUACCCAGUUGUUGCCUCCCCAGUUGUUGCCUGGGCAGUUGUUGCCUCCCCAGUUUUUGCCUCCCCUGUUUCUGCCUCCUCAGUUGUUGCCUCCCCGUUGUUGCCUCCCCGCUGGUGCCACUGUCCUGCCUCUAA